AUGUUGCAUGUAGGCCCUGAGUCUUGUUCAGUGGUGUCUAAACUAUUAAAAGAAGAGGAUACUGAACCUUGGGGCUUUGAACCAUAUGGUUUAGAUGAAACUGAUAGCAACUGCAAGGCUCUUGUUCACAAAGGGAUUUUGCUAGUAGCAAAUAUCAAGUUUCUACUUCCCUACCUUUCAAAUUUCAAAGUCGUUCUCUCUUGUCAUAGUGUUGGAUGCAGUGGAUUAAUGAUCUCCAAGAUAUCUAACAAGACUCUUCCAGAGUUGGCAAGGGUGGCUGCUGAUGGUUUAGUUAUUUUACCUGGCAAAUACUGA